AUGGCUCUUAACCAGUCCCUUCCGUCGUCGACGAGGAUGUCUUCUGCAACCCCCGACACAGCGAUGCUAGAGGCAUUGGUGCCCGGGUAUACCCUCAUAUCACGUUUCUUUCUGUCCUAUUUUCAUAUCGAUCUUACUGCCUACCUGCAGUACGUUGUCGCUCUGGCUGUGUUUGCGGUGUCCCUACGGUACAUCUCCAAGUACGCAUCGGAGUUUUUCCAAGAAUACUUGAUCUCUUACGCUGAGAUUCGACCAGACGAUGAGCUGUUUAAUCAUAUAAUGUGGUGGAUGUCACGACAGUCUUUUAUGCAGCGCACCAACCACUUUGUAGCUAGCGUCAGGGCCAAUGUCUACUUCUGCGAUAGCGAUGAUGAAAUGGAUGGUUCUGAAGAGGACUCCGAGGAUGAUGACUUUGAUACCGAUGAUUUCUCGGAUGACGAGAAAGAAAGUCAGCAUCAAGCGAAUGUCGUCUCUCGAAAAAAGUGCAAGCCGCUGCGAUUCACCCCAUCCGAAGGCCGUCAUUUUUUCUGGUACAAGGGCCGAUUGAUGAUUUUGGAACGACAACAGCGGACCCGCAAUGGGGCCUGGUCACUCUUCAAUGAGCGACUUUUCCUAUCCUGUCUUGGGCGAAACUCGUCCCUGAUCAAGGAACUCAUUGAUGAGGCGAGCAAAGCAUUCCAGAAUCGUGAUGGCAACAAGACUGUCAUCUAUCGUGCCCAGCGGCACUCGCGAGCUGAUCCUUUCGUCUGGGUUCGCUGCAUGGCAAGAUCGCCCCGUCCAUUGUCUACAGUUAUCCUUGAAGAGAACGAAAAACAUAAUCUAGUGAAAGACAUGAAGAGAUAUCUGCGAAGUCGCACUCGACGAUGGCAUUCUAAUCGAGGAAUUGCCUAUAAGCGUGGAUAUCUACUUCAUGGUCCUCCGGGCACCGGCAAGACAAGUCUUUGCUUUGCUGCUGCAGGUGAACUGGGUCUACCACUUUACCUGCUCACUCUUAAUUCGAACUCCCUUGAUGAAGAUAACUUGUAUACGCUGUUCGCCGACUUGCCUCGCAAAUGCAUCGUUCUGAUCGAGGAUGUGGAUACCGCUGGAAUUACUCACAGUCGGGGCAAAACUGCCACCAUCAAAUCAAAGGGCGAUAACGCUGCUGGCGCUGAUACUGAAGAGACCUCUACAGAAGAACAGUCUUCCGCUGAUAAGCCACCGCUGGACAAGUCAGUAAAAGACGGUAUUACCCUUUCGAGUCUGUUGAACGUCAUCGACGGUGUUGCCUCCAGUGAAGGUCGCAUUCUUGUUAUGACCACGAACCAUGUCGAUAGGCUUGACGAGGCCCUUAUUCGCAUCGGUCGUGUCGAUAUGCAAGUUUUCCUCGGGUAUUCCACCAAGGAAAACAUCAAAGAUCUUUUCACAUCUAUCUACAUGCCCAUGGAGAGCGACAUCCCCGGUAAUGACAAGACGGAGCUCAAGACGGACUGGAGCAAUUGUCACAACAUUGAGAAGAGAAAGAUUAAGAUAGAGUGGAAAAAGAAGAAAAUUCAGGAUUAUCGGAACCAUGUCGAGUCUCUGCGUUCACGAAUCCACCCUCUGGCAUCCGAAUUUGCGUCUAUUGUCCCCGGUGGUAUCUUCACUGCCGCCGAGAUCCAAGGUUAUCUACUCAAUCAUAUAGAUGACCCAGAGAUGGCGAUUAAAGGUGCAGAGGUAUGGGCGAAGGAGCUUCGGGAGACCAAGCGCCCCCGUGAAGAAAAGGCCAUUGAGAAUGGAUACUACUAA